AUGCCAAGUUAUUCUCAACCGAGUCAAGCUAGUGACGACGUUCGUCUAGAAGUAGUUGUUGUCGGCGCUGGCCUUGCGGGUCUUGCCGCAGCGAUCUCCAUUUCUCUUUCAGGUCACAGUGUCACUGUCUUAGAGUCGGCAAAAGAACUACUCGAGGUCGGUGCUGGCCUACAAGUCACCCCCAACUGCACACGCAUCCUCCAAAAAUGGGAUCUCCCCGACAGACUCUGGAAAUCAGCUGCCGAACCCACGUCGCUCGUCGUCCAUCGAUACUCCGGCCGAACGCUCGCUAUAGAACCCGAUUUCCACAAGCAUAUCCGCAAGAAGUACGGCGCCCCGUUCAUCGAUCUUCACCGUGUAGACCUCCAGCUUGCGCUCUACGACAAGGCCAAGGAAUUGGGCGUUCAGUUUAAGCUGGGUGAUAGGGUGAAGGACAUUGACUUUAGCAUCCCCGAAGUCAGCACCGAGGCUGGUGCUAAGUACACUGGUGACUUGAUCGUCGCAGCGGACGGACUCUGGUCUAAAUGCCGGUCCAAGUUUCUUGGUAGUGAGGAUAAGCCCAUGCCUACUGGAGAUCUGGCAUAUCGCGUUGUACUGGACGCGAAGGAUAUUGACGACCCUGAGCUGCGGGAAUGGGUUGAGCGCCCGACGGUGCAUUUCUGGAUCGGUCCAGGUGCUCAUGCUGUUGGAUAUUCUAUGCGUGGUGGACAGAUGUAUAACGUCGUUCUUCUUGUUCCUGACGAUCUUCCAUCGGACGUCAGUCGACAGGCUGGCUCGGUGGAGGAGAUGCGAGAGUUGUUCAACGACUGGGAUCCAAUUCUGGCAAGAUUUCUCAGUCAGGUUGAUAAAGUCGACAAGUGGAAGCUGAUGCAUAGAGAAGAGCUUGAUUCGUGGAUCAACGAUGAUUCAAAUUUUGUCUUCGUUGGUGAUGCCUGUCAUCCAAUGCUACCCUAUCUAGCCCAAGGUGCCAACUCCGCCGUGGAAGACGGUGCAGUUCUGGGUCUACUUCUCGGCCAUGUCAAGUCGAAGCACCAAUUACCCCAGGCCUUGUCUAUGUAUGAGCGGUUACGCAAGUCACGUGGAGAAGCCAUCAGAGAAUCAUUCCAUAUGCCUGAUGGACCAGCUCAAGAGGCUCGCGAUCAGACUUUCUUGUCUCAACUUGGCGCUGAGGAGCUCAAGGGUCCCUUCCCGAGCAGGUGGACUUGUCCGCAGGUUCAGCCUUGGCUUUAUGGUUAUGAUGCGUUUGAGGUUGUUGAAGAUGCAGUGAAGCGUGAUCCUUUUACGGAGUAG